AUGAGCCACUCCCCUGGCCUGAAACUGAAGGAUCUCGGAGUGCUUCAGAAAACUCUUGCUCCGAUAACAAGUGCAGACCUUUUCAAGCCGGAUGACUGCUUGUGUAAGCCCAAGUCAUCCAUUCAGGUGAACAGGUUCCUCAGCAGAGAGGCCCGGAUACGUGCACCGUCUUCUUUGAAGGCCAGUGUGGCUGCUCUUGGGAUAGAUGUGAUUAGUUUCAGCACGGGUCGUCCGUCACCAGAAACAUACCCUUUCGAACAGCUGGAUUUGACCUUUUCAGACCCAGCCUUUCUGACGAGCUCUUCCUCUCGAAACGGCGACGACUACCCUGCCAGUGGGCCAUUGCGGAGCAUUGUUUACAGGAACGACCCAGACUCUUCAAUCGACAUCUCAAUCGCCCUCUCUUACGGCUAUUCUCUCGGAUGCGAACAGCUGCUUCAAUUUCUGACCACCCAUAUAACUCACGUACUCUGUCCGCCAUACUCCGACUGGGAAAUAUGUCUUACAGUCGGAAACACAUCGGCUCUGGAGAUCGCUCUGCGCAACUUUGCGAAUGAGGGUGAUUGCAUGUUGGUGGAAGAGUAUUCGUAUUCUGGCAUGCUUGAAGCAGCAAGGGCUCUCAAUCUCAAUCUCGUCCCCAUUGCUAUGGACUCAGAUGGACUGUGCUCCAGGGACCUCGAGGCCGUGUUAUCAUCGUGGGAGUCGUGCCAUCCAGACAAGCCAAAGCCGAGACUCUUGUACACCAUACCAACAGGACACAAUCCGACGGGGAUAACACAGCCACCAGGGCGUCGGCGAGAAGUGCUGGCCGUUGCUGACAAGCAUGACCUUCUCAUCAUCGAGGACGAUCCGUACUACUAUCUCCAUUUCUCCCAGGCGGGCACACGAUCGGCAGCUACCCUCCUCCCAUCAUACCUCUCUCUUUCUACAGCAGGACGCGUGAUCCGACUCGAUACAACUUCCAAGAUUCUGGCACCUGGGCUGAGACUGGGCUGGCUUACCGCUCCAAAGGCUGUUGUUGAGACUUUCCAAGCCGCGCAUGACCUGGGAAUCGUCCAUCCCAGCGGGCUGAGUCAGGUCGUGGUCUACAAGUUGCUCUCCGAGGCCUGGGGACAUGACGGGUUUGUAGAAUGGCUGGCUCACCUGGCCGACGAGUACGGUCGGAAAGCCAGGUUGAUGCUUCAGGCCAUGAGACAGGCGCUAGGGCAUAGGGGUCUCGAAGACAUCUGCAGCUGGAAAGACAUUGAGGCUGGGAUGUUUAUCUGGCUCACGAUCGACUGUAGCAGCUACCCGGGUCUAGAUCACACAGUCGAAAGUAUGGCUGCGAAAGCAAGCAUUGAGGAGCAUAUCUACACAGCAGCGUUGGAAGCCGGGGUGUUAUGCUGCAGAGGCAGCUUCUUCUGUGUCCCGUCACUUUCUGUGUCCGCCGAAGCGCCGGAUCGUGGCGAUGGUGACCGUGACGGUGACGGCGCUGUUCCUCUCGCCCCGUCGAAACCCAUCGUCUAUCUCCGGCUGACGUUUGCGUCUGUCUCAGACACAGAUCUGGUGAGAGGCAUUGAGCGUCUUGCAACUGCGCUUCGGGAGGUGUUUGGUUUGACAUAG